GACUAAUUGACAUUAUGAAUUUUUUUGGAUCAAAACUAACUUAAAAAGAUAAAUCCCUUUUGACUAUGACUCUUAAAAUUGCUUAUAAUCCCUUCAUCUAUGAAGUUUGGACGAAAAGCAGGCUCCAUAGUGUCCAACACCUUGUUGAUAAUUUUCUUAACAGUAAUGGAGCUUCAUCUGCCUUCCUUCCAAGUCCUCUUAACCUUCCUCCUUGUUUUUCUCAUGAUAUUCAAGAGUAUAAAGAAAUCCAAAAUAAAGGAUUCACCCAAAAACCUACCCCCUGCACCAUGGAAACUACCUUUUAUAGGACAUUUGCACCUUUUAAUGUUCUCUCUUCCACAUCAUCGCUUCGGAGAAUUAGCCAAAAAGCAUGGUUCCCUGAUGCACCUACAACUUGGUGAAUUAUCACACAUUGUAGUUUCUUCUCCGGAGGCUGCUAAGGAAGUGAUGAAAACACAUGAUAUCAAUUUUGCUAACAGACCUUUCCUCCUGCCGGGAAGAAUCGUAUUCUAUAAUUUUACAGAUAUUUCUUUUGCACCAUAUGGAGGCUAUUGGAGGCAGCUUCGAAAAAUUUGCACGUUGGAGCUGUUAAGUACAAAACGUGUACAAUCAUUUCGAUCAGUCAGGGAAGAGCAGAUAUCAAAUCUAAUUAGGUCCAUCUCUUCUAGUACAGGAUUGACAAUCAACCUUGGUGAGAUGUUAAACAACUUAUCAUAUAGCAUCGUUUUAAGCACGGCCUUUGGCGGUAGAUGCAAGCAACAUGAAGCAUUCCUUUCAGUUAUGAAGAAAAUUUUGGAAGCGGUAGCUGGUUUUAGUAUCAGCGAUCUGUUUCCUUCCAUCAAAUUGUUUCAUAUGAUCAGUGGGAUGACAGCCAAACUUGAGAAGCUGCACCAAGAUACAGAUGAUAUUCUUGAAAGCAUCAUUGAAGAACAUAAAGCUAGCAAAGCAAAUCCGAAGAAUGGUGAUGAUGUAACAGAUGAUCUAGUUGAUGUUCUUUUGAAUCUUCAGGAUCAUGGAGGCCUUGAAUUUCCCUUAACAAUUGAUAACAUCAAAGCUGUUAUCCUGGACAUCCUCAUUGGUGGAACAGACACAGCUUCAAAUACAGUAGAAUGGGCAAUGUCCGAAAUGAUGAAAAAUCCCAGAAUGCUGGAAAAGGCACAAGCAGAGUUGAGACAAGUCUUUGAUAGAAAAGGGGAUGUCAACGAAUCAGACCUUCAUGAAUUGAAGUACUUGAAGUUAGUUAUCAAGGAAACUUUAAGAUUACAUCCUCCUGUGCCUUUGCUAGUUCCAAGAGAAAAUGUGGAGAAAUGUGAGAUUAAUGGAUUUGAGAUACCUGCCAAGUCCAAAGUGGUUGUUAAUGCAUGGGCAAUUGGGAGAGAUCCCAAGUAUUGGAACGAAGCUGAGAGGUUUAAUCCAGAGAGAUUCCUGAAUAGUUCAGUUGACUAUAAAGGGGCUAACUUCGAAUUUAUUCCAUUUGGUGCUGGAAGGAGGAUGUGUCCUGGGAUGUCAUUCGGUAUGGCUAUUGUUGAGCUUUCCCUUGCAUGUUUACUGUACCAUUUUGAUUGGAAACUCCCUAAUGGGAUGAAACGUGAAGAUCUAGACAUGAGUGAGGCCUUUGGUUCUACUGCUAGAAGAAAAAGAGAUCUGCACCUGAUUCCCAUUCGGUACUCAGUAGUUUGAAGCAAAAAUAUCAGAUGAUCAUCUUGUAAAGCCAUUGAGAAGAUUGUCAAAUCACAUUUUUCAUGGCAGCUAUUGCUUCCUAAUAGUUUUGUAUCAGAACUCAAUUAAGGAGCAUGAAUGUAUGGUGGGUGCAGCAUGUUUUAGAGAUCAAUUCUCAAAUAAAUAAUCAAAUUUCAAAGAAA